AGCCGCCAAGCGAAGACACAGCGCGCCACAUUCAACUUUUCAAGAGUCGCGGCUGCUUCAGAGAGGAUAGAUAUAAUAUAUAACACUAUAAUACUUUAUUAUUGUUGCGUUUUGUUUAAAACUUUGAAUAAAAAUGGACUGUGUGGAUUUCCCUAGAGUUCUUCCAAACUCACCGAGGAAAGCGCGAGGACAAAUUCAGGUCAUCUUUGGACCCAUGUUUUCAGGAAAAAGCACUGAACUGAUGAGGAGAGUGCGACGUUUCCAGAUUGCCCAGUAUAACUGCCUGGUGAUUAAAUAUGCCAAGGACACGCGCUACUCUGAUACGGGCAUGGCCACACACGACAAAAACACAAUGGAAGCUGUACCUGCAAACUGUCUGGCAGACGUGAGGUCUCUGGCACUACAAGUCUGCGUCAUCGGAAUUGAUGAAGGACAGUUUUUCCCAGACACGGUGGAGUUUUGUGAGGAGAUGGCCAAUCUGGGAAAGACGAUCAUUGUAGCUGCCUUGGAUGGAACUUUCCAGAGAAAACCAUUUGGAAACAUCCUGAAUCUCGUGCCUCUCGCCGAGAGUGUGGUGAAGCUCCACGCUGUCUGCAUGCAGUGUUACAAAGAAGCUGCCUACACGAAGAGGAUAGGAGCAGAGACGGAGGUGGAGGUGAUUGGUGGAGUGGACAAAUAUCAGGCGGUGUGUAGAAAGUGUUAUGGGGGUCUAAUGGAGGACAAAGAAAACAGUGCCCCCUUCAGGAAUGAAACGCCAUAUCAUGCCCUCGUGGGAAAACUUGUAGACUCCGGAGUUCCCCGGAAACUUUUCUCCUCGCUCCACCUGAAUGCAAAAUAAGACAUGUUACAGAAGUUCAGCGGAGACUUGAGAAAUUCAACAAUUGUUUCUUGUAUUUAUGUGUUUAGAAUUGGAUGUUUUUUUUAUCUGACUGGUGUCAUUUUCUCUAGGUUUUAACAGCUCGGUAAUGUUUGUACUUAAUUGACGAGGACAAUGCAGAUAGUGUCAAACCUUCAACUCACUGCCAUCUCUAAACAUGUCUAACAUUUGUCUAAAGAUUAGACCUGCCAAAUAAAAAGGUUUCAUUUAUUUAUUCCAUUAUAAACAAAUGCAUUUUCCUGCCCUCUAUUUAAAUGAAUUUAUGUCAAAGCUGAGGUUACCUCAAAUUUCUUCAUGUAUCGAAAGUCAGGAGUGGUCCUGAAGUAAAAAUGUAUGGUUUCAAA